UGAAAAUAUCUCAAAAGCAUUUAAAAGUCUCCUUAUUAUGAUGAUAGCCCAAGAAUUUCAGUCUCAUAUGAUUGUAAAAGGCCUUCGUCAUUGUUAAAAGGCAAACAUAGUGGGCGACAGAUGGUUUCUUCAGAUGGUCAAAAUUCAACAGACAAAGAUGCUGUGAUCAGUGUUAAUGACUCAGAUCGUAAAAUAACAGUUGGUGUGAAAAUGAAAUUCACAAGAGGGACAGAUAGUCAGUACAAUAACCAAUUUGAAGUGCAGAAAGAGAAAAAAUCUGCUGAAAAAGGUUUCGGAGAUGUAGACAUUGCUAAAGCCGAACAGAGAAGUGACUUUGAGAGGAAAUCUCAGUUUCAUAAUGCUAGCUUACAGAAUGCUUCUAGUGAUUACAAAUACCCAUCAACAUAUCAGUUACCCACAUCAGGUAAAGGACAUGUAAAUGUGAUAGAAUCAGAUGUCCACUUUGUAAGUACCACCAAGCCUUCAGUGGAGCAACAUACUAAUCGGAAAUGUCUGCCAGGGAAGGCUGACUUGUCAGGAGGUCAACAGAUUCCUGCCCUGCUACAUGAUCCUGAAGACAGCAUUCAGAUUAUAUCUGCCUAUGCCCAGGACACAAGCACCGGAAGCUGCCAGCCGGAGAUUGUCACAUUACCUGAGAGAACCACCAUGGUGUCUGCAACCAACUUUGUCUCUCCAUCAUCUGUCACCAGUGAACCAGUUACAAAGACGACCACCCUGCCCAUGACCUUCCAUAGUGCAGGGUCUAGACUGCUGGAUGACAAGGGGUCAAGUUGUGAAGAAAAGUCUCUAGCCUAGGACACCAGCACCGGAAGCUGCCAGCCGGAGAUUGUCACAUUACCUGAGAGACCCACCAUGGUGUCUGCAACCAACUUUGUCUCUCCAUCAUCUGUCACCAGUGAACCAGUUACCAAGACGACCACCCUGCCCAUGACCUUCCAUAGUGCAGGGUUUAGACUGCUGGAUGACAAGGGGUCAAGUUGUGAAGAAAAGUCUCUAGGUUAAUAUACAGCAUCAGGAGCAGUCACCUACAAGCCAGACUUUGUUGAUAGUGAGUGCAGCAUAGAAUCAGAUAUAUCUGAAAAUUUUCCAGUGCUGACAGAUGGGAAAGCAUCCAUGGCAGUUAUGAGAAAUCUUCAGAAGAAAUAUUACAACAUGAAGGGAAAAGUACUUGAAGCUGACGAAAAAAACAAAAGUUGCUGAAGCAAGUGGCGGUCAUGACAGUGUAAAAUAUAAAAGUUCGGGAUCCAGAACAUGUCAUGAUGUACAUGAAACUGUAACAAGUAGUGGGAAAAAAAGAGAAUAUAUGACAAACGCCUGGCUUGCUUAUUCUGUGGGAAAUUAUAUAAACACAGAAUAAUGGAGCAUAUGUAUCUUGCCCACGGUGAUGAAAAGGAAGUAGCAAAAGCAUUGAGUACCUCCAACAUGGAAGAAAAAAAUGUCAUUGUCUUGAAACUGAAGAACAAAGGAAACUUCAAGCACAAUGUUUCCGUUCUUCAAACUGGCGGUGAACACUUCAUUGUAUGCAAGAGACCAAGUGGACGUCCUAUAAUACCAAGUGACUUCUUGCCUUGUGUGUUUUUAUGCUAUGGUUUUUAUCAGAGAAAGGAACUUUGGAGACAUUUGAAAACUUGCAGCUUAAAAGUAAUUCAUAGCACAGAACAGAAGAAUAGUCUUACGGCUUCUGCUAGGGUUAUGCUACGGGCCGCAGUAAGCACAGAUCCGAAGGGAAAUGAUGGUGCACAACUUUUGGAAUUUUUACAGACAAGAAAUGAUGUCAUUGGCAAUGAAAUUAUUAAUGACAGUCUUAUUGUCAAGUUUGGGAAAGUGCUUUUUGAAAAACUAGGAAGCCGACGAAAAAAUGAUGUAUCCCAAAGAAUGCGGCAACUUGGGCGAUUAAAGACACAUAUAAACUCUAACCAGAUAGAAAAGAUUGAUUCAUCUUUAAGAUGAAGUGCUGCUAUGAUUGAUACAUGUACAUUUGAAUCAUCUCUUUUUAUAGAAUGGAUAUGGUACAGUCGCAAGGAAAAAUGAACAAAAAUGUUGCGACGCUAAUGACCAAUGAAAUGGUGAGCGCAGUUGAUAUCCUGAUUUCCUGCAGAACACAGUGUGGAAUUAGAGAGUCUAACAAGUUUUUUUUCAAACCAAAAGGAUGGGCAUCUCAGCACCUGGCAAAGUCUUCGUGACAUGGUUAAUCAGGCUGGGUGCCAAAGACUAGAACUCAUCAACAGUAACUCGCUGCAAAAGUACAUAGCAACAGUUUGUCAGAUUUUAGAUCUAAACGAAGGUGAGGUGCAGUGGGUGUCGAGCCACCUUGCCCACACAGUAAAAACCCACUUAGGUUUUUACAGGCUGCAGGAGGGAGCCAUCGAAAUUGCCAAAGUAUCUAGGCUGCUACUAGCCGCAAAGAACGGGACAUUGUCAAAAUAUGAAGGAAAGUCGCUGGAAGAUGUACAGGUUGAUGAUUUACCGUUGGGAGAGUCAGACGAUAUACCUGUGCAUGGAGAAAGUGCAUAUGAUUCUAUUGAUUUGAACUUGGCUGAGCAUUGGAAUGGAGAUGAUGAGCAACCAGCAGAGGCCCAAUCCUCCAUGCCUGUUAACAGAAGCGUCCCAGGCUUACCAAGAAAAGACACAUACAAGAGUCAGACUCUGAAGAUUAGCAACCAGCAGAGACCCAAUCCUCCAUGCCUGUUAACCAGCGACCGAAGCGCCCCAGGCUUUCCAAGAAAAGACACAUACAAGAGUCAGACUCUGAAGAUGUUGCUGACGAUGACUCAUUGAUAGAUCCCAGUUUUAUGGAUUCAGGCAGAGAAGAGUCAAGCACAGAUGAUGAACAAACGUCGAAGAAUUUUAUCCAGCAACAAAAAUUCUACAAACAGAGGUGGUCAGAAACUGAAAACAAGAUAUUC